AUGUAUCAAUUCCACGGAGAAAUCGUCCGUGCGUCGAAAAUCCACCCUUGUUUGGACAAAAAGAGCAAAACCCAUCGUGUGGUGUUGCGUUGCUCAACAAAAGCAGAGUCAGUUGAAGCUCGGUGGUCGUUGGAAACGGACGGAAAAGUGCGGGAAAAGUUUAGUUUUGUGAAAACAGAAAGUUCUCUUCUCAGAGGAAGUUUGUAUUGUAUAGUGUUCCUUGUGGAAAAAAAAUCUUCCCUUUUUUUCGGGGGGAGGAAAGAAGAAAGUUGCAACGAAGAAGAAGUAAAAGUGCUCAAAGGAAAAAAAGAAUUAGGAGGAAAAAUAAAAGGAAGUGUGUGAGGGUGGAUUAAUUCCACAAAACAGUUAUUUAUCGCUGAGGGGCUGCAAAGGCCGGUGUGGUGGCAAAAAAGAGGCGCACGGACGAGGCGAUAAUAUUUUUGUGGACAAGAAAAGGUGUUUGAUUUGCACGUUAAUUUGUGCGGCAUAUCGGUGGGAGGCAGAAAAAUCAAUUAUGACGCACUUUGGAACCCACCCCCGAAGCCAUCCCGCACAAAAUAUCCUCAUGCUUCUCUUUUUAUCAGCACUCGGGGUUUCAGGAACAUGGGGAUGCCCUGGGCUGGCCGACAUGAAAAUGACCGUACCAAUUGGUGAGGAGAUGAUGGAUCUCAUUAAGCACACACCCCUCUUGCAGCUCACAGCUAAUGGGUCGAAAUAUCACGUACAUGAGCUUCAGGAAUGGCUCACAAUUGACGUAGAGAGUGGUGAGAUGUUCCUCAUGGAUGCCUUUAGGAAGGCUAAACCUGGACAGAGCUACACAGUCACCGUAGAUCUCCUCCCUGACUGUGUGAGCAGCACAAAAAUUGAAAUUAUCCCCGUGAGAAUAACUUCCUUGGAGGGAUUUUGUCGUGAAAAUGGGGAAUUGUUCUGCUUUUGGGAUGCAGCAACAUACAGAAUUCCCGAGAGUGGGAAGAAGAGUGGGAAAGUGGAAGAAAUUGGUCCAAUUGCAUCGGGGUUUUUGAGAAAAAUCUGCCCAAAUGUUGCGAUGAAAUACAAAAUGAUCAAUGGAAGUGAUUUCCUGGACAUUAGAGGAGGCAUCCUCAGGAGAAUUUCUCCCGUGGAUCAUGAUACAUUCGCCCCAGGACCGAAAUUUAUGCCAACUGUUGAAUGCUCAGUUACCACAAGUCCCAAAACCACUGCCAAAAUCUUCAGGAAAACCCUCACAGUGGACAUUCUGGAUAGGAAUGAUAAUCCUCCACAGCGUCAGGAUGAUCACCGAAUAACCAUUGAUAUUGCUGACCCGCAUUUCUCAAAGGGAAAACAAGUUGGGAGUCAGAAUGUAAUUUUUCUCGAUGGAGACUCCCUCCAGGCGAAUGCAAGGAUGGUGUAUGAAAUUCUAAAUGACACCAUGGAAAUGCUAAAGCCUGAUUGCAAAGGCUACGAAGCUGAUCACAUGGGAUUGAAGACUUCAGUCAUCAACUGCAAAUUAAUCUUCUCCCGUGAUGGGAUCCUCCGGAAGAGUCCUUACUGCGUUGUACUGCUGGCUACAGAUGCUAGCCUUGGUGUUAAGGAAAAUUCCGCAAAUACAACAAUUUGUAUUUCGGCUAAUCUAUCACUUAUUCACGAACUGGAUGGACCAACUGCAAUGGCUCUCUCUUCGUCUGUACGUCAGGAACAGCCAAAGAAGACGAUGCUACAGCAACGACGCAACAACAGACGAAACUACGUUAACGGACAAAGUGAAAUUGCAGCAAAAGCAGCUCAAACUGCUCUUGAAAAUGAAACAGCCAAAGGAAUCGUUUAUCCUCAUGAUAUUUACGUCUUAAGGACAGCAACGAACAUGACUAGAGUUGCCCAACCUAAGAAUAUGAUGGACCUCCUGAAGGUUUCAUCGAUUAAGUUUAAAGUAACAAGUGAUCCAAUUGAUGCUUUCGGGAUAACUCCUCUGGGAGGAAUAAUCUUUGUCCGGAAUACAACUGCCUUGCAGAGAGCGCAAGAAACAAUCUACUACCUCACAAUAAGUUUCCUAAAGCAGACACAAUCAAUGGUUUUGCACGUUCACGAUGACUACAUCGGGAAUGGUACGUGUCAAACCAAUGCUACCCACGUUCCUUCCUGCUCAGAAAUGAGUACAAAGUCAACGUGCGUCAAAACUUGCGGAAUUGGCGUUAACGGCGGCAGUUGCCAGUGGCGAUCGAAUGAACUGCAGAUCCACCUUACCUUGUUCUACGCUACGUGUUCACCCAAUUUUACAUACUGCCCCGAUGGAAUCUGUGAUCCUCUUGAGGAGAUUGGUCAAACCGGUGAACACUACCUCUGCCCUCAAGAUUGUACGAAGCACGUCUACGGAUCGGGGAAGCUAAAUGACAGUGGCUUAGGGAUUUACUCCGGAGUUGGAGUUUGCAGUUGUGACGACAUGGGGAAGUGCUCAUGUGGCGCACCGGCUAGUUCAUACCCUAAAAGGGAGAAGAAACCAAAAGUUAAGGCGAAGAAUGAGACUGAAGCCUUCUCAGGAAAUAUUAUUGAUCUUCAGCACACAGGACGAGUUUACAAUGUAAGCACAAAUCCAGCUACUUGGGCAUCUUUUCAGUGUGGAGCUUCUUGCUUGAGUCUCAUCAUUGGCCUUCCGCUGAUCCUCUUCACGGUUGUUGUUAUUCUAAUUUUAACAAAAUGCGGACAAGAUAAGAGGUGCAAGAGGAAAUCCCUGCCCGAAGAACGAAUAGCUUUCUCGCCAGAUAUCGAUCAGAAUAACCCGGAUCUACCUCUUGUUGCCAUGACGAGUCCUUUUGUCUUCAAAACCGAUCCAGAUUCAAAAUGGGAAUUCCCACGUAUUCAGCUAACGCUCGAUGUAAUUCUGGGUGAAGGUGAAUUCGGGAAGGUUGUUAAGGGUUUCGCAACUGAUAUCGAUAGUCGUCCUGGUGUGACAACUGUUGCAGUGAAGAUGCUAAAGACUGGAGCUCAUUCAGUUGAACUGUUGGCUCUCCUGUCGGAGUUUCAACUCCUUCAGGAAGUUUCACAUCCAAAUGUGAUUCGUCUCCUUGGAGCUUGUACACAGGCUACGGAUAAUCCAUUAGUUAUUAUUGAGUACGCCAAGUAUGGUUCACUGAGGAACUACUUGAGGCUAAGUCGCAAAAUUGAAUGCGCAGGAAUUGAGUUUACCAAUGGCGUUGAACCGGUAACAGUUAAGGAUAUCCUUUCAUUCGCUUGGCAGAUUUGCAAAGGAAUGGCCUAUUUAACGGAGAUCAAGCUUGUUCAUCGGGAUCUAGCUGCAAGGAAUGUCCUGCUAGCUGAGGGAAAAGUCUGCAAAAUUUCAGACUUUGGUUUAACGAGAGACGUCUACCAAGACGAUGCAUAUCUAAAACGUUCCAAGGAUAGAGUUCCUGUUAAGUGGAUGGCUCCGGAGUCAUUGGCAGAUCAUGUGUACACAACAAGAUCUGAUGUAUGGGCAUUUGGUGUGUUAGCGUGGGAACUCAUAACUUUGGGAGCUUCUCCAUAUCCUGGGGUUCCACCGCAAAAUUUGUAUCAUCUCCUGAAGCAGGGGUACCGAAUGGAGAAACCUAAAAAUUGCUCCGAAGACAUCUAUGCUAUUGUUAAAUCCUGCUGGGCUGAUGAUCCUCUAGCUAGGCCGGCUUUUAAGACACUCGUUUCGCAGUGGGAACGACUUCUGGGGAACAAUGCAAAGUACAUCGAAUUGGAACAGAAUGCAAUCUCAAACCCACUUUACUGUUCAGACAACGACAAAGAACUGCCAAGUGUGGAACUGUCGGAAGAUUGUCUCGAUCAUCUGUGGUAUCCGCCAAAUUCCAUCUUCUCAGAUCCAGACAAUGACUCCAAUGUCGCAACAACGGGCAAUAGUGGCCAGACGGACACAACUUGCCUCACUGAUGUUCACCCAAAGGGCUACGAUACGCCACGACCGCUAAUUGAGACACGUACGGUAGAUCAGAGGAUGAGGUAUGAGAAUGAAGUAACAGUUCCCACAACAACUAAGGGCUACGUCAAUCAACCUGAGACGCUGAGUGAAUGUGAACCUACGCACCUAGAUCCCAAUCACUAUGAAAGCCCAAUUGCCAGGGGCAAGUCCUAUGUGGAUAUGACAGCAGCUAGGGUACCACGAAUCAGUGGGAUCACCAACAACCUCGACACCUCAAAUGUGGACAAGAAACUCUCCAAAGAUAUCUCCUUUAAGUUCUUUAGUCUUCUCAAUGAUUCCGAUGGGAAUGCAACGACAAUUGUUUAGGCUCUUCUUGGGGAAGUUGGUUUUAUGUUUUGGCAAACUUUACGGCUUGUUUGGAAAGGCCUAAGGCAGACAUAUUGGACGCUAAGACGCCUAAAAAGAACUAGAAACGUGAAACAUGAAACAUGAAUGAAAACAUUUUAAAAGAUCUCUAUGAAGAAAUUAAUUUUAAAAUUAACAAAUUGGCCUUAAAAUAAUUUUAAAAACAAAUCUUUUAGAGAGGAAAAAAACUUCCCGAAGAAGUAAUUUUGAAAAAUUCGUUAAUUUUUUUAUUACCUAAUUAAAUAUUAUGGCUGUAUUCAAUGUGAUUUCCUUGAACAAAAAAAAAAUAAGUCAGAGAGUCGAAUUCUCUUCAUUUUUUCAUCACCUUUUUGCGAACGGGUAUUUUAUGAGAGAGAGUGAGGUGUGAGGAAAGGUUUUUGGGUCCAGGAAGUACUUUAGGAGAAGGGAGGGAUCAGGUAAACAAAAGAGGGGGAGAAGAUAAUUUGUACUUGAGUAGUUUUUAAGAUGAAAAGGAUCAUCCAUAAAAAUAUCUUUCGAUGUAAAAUGUGCUUUUAAAAAUCCUCGAAUUGCAUUAAAUGGUAAUAAUAAAACAAUUGAUAAUCUCAAAAA